CUCGCUCGCUGGCUCGAGGGGCGGCCGGCAGCUGGCGCGGGCAGAGGCGGCGGCGCGACCGGGAUGGGACGGGCGCGAGGGCGCAGGAGCCGCGGCGGCGGCGGCGGCGGGGGCCACGCAACUCCGGCCAAGUGCGGGGCCGCGGGCGAGGACACGGGGCGCUGAGCUCGGGCCCCCGCUCCGCUCCGGCCCGGCCGAGCCCGGGAGAGCGCGCAGCGGCGCAGCCCAGGAAGCGCCGCCCGCCUGCGUCCGGGAAGAGCGGCGCCGGGAGAGCGAGCCAUGCCCGGCGCCCGAGUGUAGCCGCUCGGGCUGCUCCCGGGAGCCGCGGGCCGGGCCGGGCGCGCGACAGGAGCAGCCCCGCGCCGCGCCCACCGCGCGCAGAGGACCAUGCCGCCCCCGGGCCGGGCGCCGCCGCUCGGGCUCCUGCUGGCGCUGACUGCGCUCCGGUGCCCAGUGACGGAGAGUCGUGGAAUUGUGGACAGCCUCCAGAGGUUUUCCUCGCUGCCUGCUUAUCUCCCCACCAGCUUCCAAAUCACUGACGCAGACGAGUUCUUCUUCCUAAAAGAAGCCAACCAGGACGUCACGAGGAACUCCAGCCUGCAGGCCCGGGUAGAGUCCUUCUUCAUCUACCGGGCCAGGACCCCCCCGGUUGUCAAUGCCAGCUACGGCCCAUUUUCAGCUGAGAAGACCAUCCCCCAGGAGCUCAUGCUGACCUCCACCGCCUUUGCCAACAUGGCCAAGUUUCCUUUCAGCUGGAAGCUGAAAUCGCACAUCCUUGACAGCUCCAUCUACUCCAACAGGCCUAAGGUGCAGACCUUGUUUUACAUCACCGGGAUGGCCUGGCAUGAUAGUGACCCUGCGGACAAUCUACCAUGUGUCAAGAUGUUUGCUUUUCCGGAGGCCAGGGAAGUGGCAGCCAGCUGUCGGCUGCAAGGGGACCCGGGGCUGUGCAUGGCCGAGCUGGAGCUGCUGCCUGAGUGGUUCAGCUCCGGGCUGGAUCUGGAGCCCGAGGAGGAGAUCCCGGCCCUGCUGGGGGGCACGGCCAUGGAGCUCUUCUUCACGCUCUACCCGGCUGACCAGGCUGGCCAGUGUCCUCUGGUAGAGGACGGCAAGUGGGAGAACAACAUCCACUCGGGCCAGGAGGGCCCCCAGCAGCCGUCUCCGGCCCGGGAGAGGAUUGGGAGUGUGGUGGUCUAUCCGACUCAGGACGACCUGAAGUGGUCCCUGGUGAGCCUGGACGAGAACCUCGUCAUCUCUGUACCUGUGAACCUCAUCCGGGAAGGGGAAACGGCCACCUUUUUGGUGUCUCUGACCAGUGGCUCUGUGGCAGACCACUUCACUCUUAGAAUUAAGGCAGCAGCAGGUGUGAAGAUAAUGGCAGUGAGAAUCAGCAGGGAAGAGCAAUGGGCAGUCCAGGAAGACAUAGAGCAUGGCGACGAGCAGACGACAGCCACCCUCACCUGUGUGGGCCAUCACCCGGACACGCAGAGCAGAGCAAAUGGCUCCUUCUAUGAGGUCUUGCAAGUAGAAGUUGGAGUUGACAACAGCAGUGGGCUGGCCGGGGCCCAGCAAAUUACGUGGCAAGUGGAGUACCCGGCAGAGGAGUCCAUGAGCGAGCUGGUCGUGUCAGAGAUCUUUGUCAGCCAGACAAGCUUUGUGGGCAUCGUCCCUCUUGCAAUGGACACGGAGAUUCUGAACACGGCCGUUCUCACUGGAAAGGCUGUUUCGGUUCCCAUCAAGGUUGUGGGUGUCCAAGAAGAUGGUUCUGUGGUGGACGUGUCGGAGUCUGUGGAAUGCAGGUCUGCGGAUGAAGACGUCGUUAAGGUGUCCAACCACUGUGACUCCGUGUUUGUGAACGGGAAGGAGAUGAAGAGCAAAGUGGACACAAUCGUGAACUUCACCCACCAGCACUUCACCUCCCAGUUAACCGUCACCGUCUGGGCGCCCAGGCUGCCCCUGCAGAUCGAGAUCUCAGACACGGAGCUGAGCCAGAUCAAAGGAUGGAGGGUCCCUGUGGCCCCCAACAGGAGGCCCACCCGAGACAGCGACGACGAGGAGGACGAGGACAGGAAGGGGAGGGGCUGCUCCCUGCAGUACCAGCACGCCACGGUGCGUGUCCUCGCCCAGUUCGUGGCCGAGGCGCCCGACGUGGGGCAGCUGAGCUACAUGCUGGGCCCCGACUGGCAGCUGGACAUCACCGACCUUGUGGCGGAUUUCAUGAAGGUGGAAGAGCCGAAAAUCGCCCAGUUACAGGAUGGCAGGACCCUGGUGGGGCGGGAGCCCGGAAUAACCACCGUGCAGGUCCUCUCGCCGCUCUCUGACUCCAUCCUGGCUGAGAAGACGGUGAUCGUCCUGGAUGAUCGUGUCACCAUCGCAGACCUGGGUGUGCAGCUGGUGGCGGGUUUGUCCCUUUCCCUGCAGCCUCACAGGGCGGACAGAAGAGCCAUCGUCUCAACAGUGGCGGCCCAGGACGUCCUUCAAGCCCCACAGCAGGAAGCAAUAAUCAGUUCUUGGAUUUUGUUCAGUGAUGGUUCGGUGACACCCUUAGAUAUUUAUGAUCCCAAGGAUUUUUCUAUUUCUGCCUCAUCAUUGGACGAAAUGGUGGUGUCUGUCCAGGCGAAUCUUCAGCCCAAAUGGCCGGUUGUGGUUGCAGAGGGCGAAGGGCAAGGACCCUUGAUUAAAUUAGAAAUGAUGAUUAGUGAACCUUGUCAGAAGACCAAGAGGAAGAGCGUUCUUGCCGUGGGUAAAGGAAACGUCAAGGUCAAAUUUGAACCAAGCACUGAUGAACACCGAGUGGGCACCAAUGACAUUGAGGGCAUCAGUCGGGAAUACAAAGGCCACCUCGGUAAUUCCAUAGAGCGUGAAGGAAACCAGGAGAGAGCGGUUCAGGAAUGGUUCCAACAUGGUGCCUCUGUUGGCCAAGUGGAAAGUACCAAUAAAAGCACAACCCCACAGUCUCCCAUGGAGAGAAAGGAGAAGAAGUUAGUCAAGAGUGGUGGUCCAGACACCUUCACAAGCUUCCCCACUGCAGGGAAGUUACCGGAAACCAAUGAUCCCAGCGACCUUACGGUGACCUCCAGGGGGCUCACCGACUUGGAGAUCAGCAUGUAUGCUCUGCUCUGUGUCUUCUGCCUGGCCGUCCUGGUCUUCUUAAUCAACUGCGUGGCGUUUGCUUGGAAAUACAGACACAAAAGACUGGCUGUGAGUGAGCAAGGCAACAUCCCCCACUCCCAUGACUGGGUCUGGCUUGGGAAUGAAGUGGAACUUCUGGAGAACCCCGUGGAUAUCACGCUCCCGUCGGAGGAGUGCACGACCAUGAUGGACAGGGGGCUGCAGUUUGAGGAGAGGAACUUCCUUCUGAAUGGCAGUUCCCAGAAGACUUUCCACAGUCAACUGCUCAGACCUUCUGACUAUGUCUAUGAGAAAGAAAUAAAAAAUGAACCUAUCACUCCAUCGGGCCCAAAGAGGAAGAGAGUCAAGUUCACUUCCUACACCACCAUCCUCCCCGAGGAUGGCGGCCCGUACACCAACUCCAUCCUGUUCGACAGCGACGACAACAUCAAGUGGGUCUGCCAAGAUAUGGGGCUGGGGGAUUCCCAGGACUUUAGAGACUAUAUGGAAAGACUGCAAGACCAGAUGUAAACUCCUUUCUUAUGUUUGUAUUCACCUUUAUGCCUUCUGUUUUUGCAAUGGUGGAGCAGUGAGUUUGAUCAGCAAUAGGGGUGAUGUAACAAAGCCUGAUCAGUGGAGGUCUGGUGGGAUCCCUUUCUAAGUAGGUAUCAGAGGUCCGGAGCGCUAGAGCAGCUGGGCUUGAAGCUGCGAAGUGUCCCUAAAACAGCCACAUGUAGGAGAAAUUCUCAGACAACAGUUUCACCUGCUGCCUGGGACUAGCUCAGUUCAAAUACAGUAAACCUGACCCCACAGACAUUGUUAGUCAAAUUGUGACCAACGGCCGUGCGGCAUUAGAAAAGACUUGAUGGUGAGUUUUCUAUUUCUAGACCUUUUAAAGCACAGUGGACCUUUCUUGCCCUUGGCCUGAGGUUGGACAUACGUGAAAGAUGCUGAGUGUAGCUGCCCUUCUUUGUGAUGCGUGAUGCUAAUUAAUUUUAUAUGCACUUGCUCCUGCACCUGGUUCCUUUGACCUCUGGAAGUUCUUUUGGAAACACGAAGAAAAGAAAUUUCCUUCUUUUCUCCGAGAUCUGUUUGAGUCACAUGGGUUGUAGUCACGCCAUGUUACUUCCUGUUUGAUGUACAUGAGGUUUCCUGGUUCUUGUUUUUCUGGGUGUCUGUGCAGGUCAGGCUUUCCCCAGUUCCCCAAACUUCAUUACUUAGGGGCAGCAUCUAAGAAGCUUAUUCACUUGUCUUUCCUCCUUUUUGUUGUCGACCUUUCUUGUAUCAGAUGGGGACACGGGAUUUUACUGAAAAUAUUACUAUACUGUGAGGGAGGGCCAUCUCUGUACAGUUUUCUACGUAAGCUUAAAAACUGGAGAAAAGUUGUGACCCACAAACAUUUAUUUUAUCUUCUCUGUGUUGAAGAGUUUUGGGGAACUCUUGGAGUGCAUUUCUGGGGCAAACGACCUCGAAAUAGCUGUAUAUCUACAAGUGCUCUGUGGUCAACACAAUUUAUUAUCCGAACUGAAAUCUAAAUGUAAAAUUGAUAUGCACAGAAAGGAAAUUGCUUCCGCUUAAAUGUGCCAUUUUACCAGAACAAAACCUUUUUAAAAAGCAGAAUGACGUUUUAAUUUAGCAAUAUGUAGUAAUCCAUCCAUCCCUAGAAUGAUUCUUCCCCCACCCCAAAUAUCCUCAGUCAUGACUCUGGCAGAGAGAAAACCCAUAUAGGGUGUGCACUGAUGGAGAAAAACAAUUGGGUUCUCCCCCUAAAUUCAUAAAAGUAAACGACUGUUUCAGAGCUCAAGAAGCAGUUAUGAUGAAAAACCAUAGCCAUUGGAAACUUGAAGUGGCAAGAGAGAGAGAGAGAGAAAGCAUGAUUCCUGCAUAAUUUUUAAAUAAAAGAUGUUUUUCAAAGAACAAUGUGAAUGGUCUCCAGCAAAGCAAGCAUUUGAGAGUAGGAAACCAUGACAACGUUUUUAUUAAGAUGGGAUAGCUGGAAAAAUGGACCCUGGACUAAUAUGUCUCAUUACAAGCUUUCUCAAGCCAUUUGCAGCUCUUAGAAACAGAAUUUUAAGGGCCCAGAGGACCUACUGGAGGUUAUUGGAGACAUUUCCUUGACACCAAAUGACUGACAACUGAGCUAUUCCAAACAGGUGAUGUCUCGUUCCCUUGUAGGUUUCUGUGCGUGGGAAUGAGACAGCCCAGCCUCCCCCAUCCAUGACACAGCAGUCACAAGGUUCUUGCCUGUGUCUCUCGCCCCCGCUGCUGCAGGGCACACCUGACCGGUGAUGCAGGUGUGGCUGGUGUUCCCUUGAGCUUGUGUUUAAAAUGAAGCUGGCGCAGUUCCAAAAUGCUUUCAGUCCGAAGGCUGAGUGAAGCCAGGAGACCCAGGCGUGAGCUUCCAAAGGAGUUUGCAAAGAGAUGGCGACACCUGCAGCACGAGCCACCCAGGUGCCAAAAGAAGCUGCCACUGCUGUUCAAAGGGCUCGGCGGGAGGCAGCUCAAAGCCACUGCAUAGGGCCAGAGAGAGAUUCGUUCCGGAAGGAACGUUCCAGAAAUAGUGGGAAUUUCGUUUCUGACACUGAGGAAUCUCAGCUGAUACAGGGGUGAGUCUUUGUCACACACAGCAGGUGGCCUUCCCCUGGUCAGGUGAGACUUUGGGAGGGGUAGAGUUUGGGAGGGGACGAAGGAAAUUACAUUGUCACAUCAUCAAGGAACAUCCAAACUAGCGCAUGUCCCAUGAUCGGAGUGCUUGACGCGGCCCAGGGAGCAAACUGUGGGGCACUGGAGGGUGCCACAGGGUCCUCGGCAGAACUGAAGCUGACCGCUGUACUGAAGUGGCCUCCUGGGGACAAGCUAGAGUCACCUGAGGGGGACAGGCUCUGUACGGUCACAUUCGUUUGUUUAUGUUGAAACUCAGUACAAAAUAAACGUCAAGUGCAAGGUUGUGGAGGAGAGGGUUCCCUUUACCACGCAGUACACAUGUAUAUGCACACGUACAUGUGUGUACCCGUACAUGUGUGCAUGUGUACAUGUGGAUAGUGGAGAGCCAGAGAACACAGUGUUUAGUGGGCAUCCACAGUGACCGUCAGCGGUGUGGACACAGUUCAGCUUCACAGAAUUUCCUUGAAGUUCUUUCUGCUCUAAACAUUUCCUGCUGACUAGAAACCAUGGGUCAGGUCUGCUUGUUUUCCAGCUGUUCUUUAAAACAAACAGGAGCCAUACCCUAAAUAUUUAAACAAAGCAGGGGAAAUGAUAUCACUUGUUAAGCCUUGAAAUCCAGGUUCUUGGGGGCCAUGCAUUUGCUUGGAUUUUCCAGGUGUUUAUGGCUGAGGAACCCAAAUGACUGGUGCCCAUAACCUGCAAGAAACACCACUGACAGAGCCCCUACCCCCCCCAAGGACAGGACGCUCAGACUCCUCCCAGGACAGAGGCCAGCUUGCCUCUCCAGGGGACACUGGGCUGUGAGCAUCGUUCGUCGUAUGGGGUGGCCCGUUCAGGUGCUCCGGGGGGGUCAGUGUGUGACAGCGCUGUUUCCAGGACCCAGACAUGGUGCUUUCCUGGCCGGCCACGGAGAUCAAAGAGCAGCUGGCGCAAGAAAGCACUGGAGUUUAAUAAGCACACACAGUGUGGUGUUGGAGAGAAAGCCAGAAGAAAAGACUCGAAGCUUUCCCCAGAAACUACCCCGGAAGAAUGUCCUCCUAGCAAACCUCAGACGCUCCCAGGAGCCCUCGACUUCGUCGCCGUGUUGCCAGGCACUCUCGCCGGCCGGGGUAGGUUCCCGGGCAGGUAACCCUCAAGCUCUGGGCCGAGGGGUCCUGUCUGUAAACACAAACGCAGGGAAACAAUGGGUUGACGUCGGUGCCACCACCACAUCUGUAGGCGUAUUGUGUACCUCGCUGAUUUUUAAGUUUUGGGAAGUCUGGCUUGGUGCGUUUUGAUCCGCAUUCUCGCUCCACAUGUGCAGAAAGGCGUCUUGCCAGGGUUGGGAUAUUGGAGCCAUGGGACAGGCUCUUCCGAGCAGAACCCUGAAUCCAGGGUCAGCGGCCGCAGAGCGUGGUCCCGUGUGGUUCCUCCACGUCACUGGCACCUCGUGUUUUCUACUCCCGUCAUCUCAGAAAUGAUCUCCAUCGUGGUCUCUGUCGGGGACACGAUAGAUGGUUUCGAAACCCAGCAGCCAUCCCCUCCAUCAAAAUUAUAUGUGUGCGCCGUAACACCUAUCGUCUGCUAUGUGAGAGAGAGUACGGGUGGUGGAAAAGUGAUGCUCAAAUGUGGAGAGCAGAUAUUUUUGUAUGUAAUAUAGGCAAUAUACUCAAACACUGAGGGGUGUACUGGAAUAAAUACAUUGUAAAACAAAAGCAUGCGAACCUGUAGCUUUUAAAUGUACAGACAUCUCACUCGAUAUCUAAACCAAUGAUGGGAAAACACUGGGACCUAAUGUCACGAGAUGCACUGAGUUGGGAAUGAGGCCUGCAAAGGGCCUGGCUCACCUUGGGAUUGUUGGUGGAAUCUGCCAGAACGUUUUGAUCUUACUCUGCAUUACUUUUGGAUUUUUUUUCUUUUACUUUUUUUUUCUGGAAAUAUUUCAGAAAUAAAGUGACUUCAUUUUCCAGCAUAAUGGUAUAUUCUAACCACAGGGUAACACAUCAUUUUAACAUGGAAAUAAACAUUUAAACCUUCUUCAAUGGUUUCAUUAUUUUACCCACAUAUUCCCUCGUUAAUUUCUGCAUCGGUAUGAUUUG